CCUACCGUUCGAUCCGCCUAGGCAGAGGUUCUUCGCGGGCCACGCCCCCUGGACCCUGCGGGACCCGCGCGCGACGGCGGGGUGGAGCCUUCUUCGUGACCUUUCACCCCAGCAUGGCUGCGCCCUUGGGAACCGUGAAAUUCUGGCGACCCGGUACAGAGGGGCCAGGUGUCAGCAUCUCUGAAGAGAGACAAAGUGUCACCGAAAAUUCUGGGACAACCAUUGUUUACAAUCCUUACGCCGCCCUUUCCAUAGAGCAGCAGAGGCAGAAGCUGCCCGUGUUCAAGCUUAGGAAUCAUAUUUUAUACUUGAUAGAAAACUACCAGACAGUGGUGAUUGUUGGAGAAACAGGAUGUGGGAAAAGCACACAGAUUCCUCAGUACCUGGCGGAAGCUGGCUGGACAGCCGAAGGAAGAGUGGUUGGCAUUACCCAGCCUCGGAGAGUGGCUGCUGUUACGGUUGCAGGGCGAGUAGCUGAGGAGAGGGGAGCAGUGCUGGGCCACGAGGUGGGCUACUGCAUCCGCUUUGACGACUGCACCGACCCGCUGGCCACAAGAAUCAAGUUUCUUACUGAUGGAAUGCUGGUCAGGGAAAUGAUGGUUGAUCCAUUGUUAACAAAAUAUAGUGUCAUUAUGCUGGAUGAAGCCCACGAGAGGACCUUGUACACUGACAUUGCCAUUGGCUUGCUAAAAAAGAUUCAGAAAAAGCGUGGGGAUCUUCGGUUGAUUGUGGCUUCAGCCACUCUGGAUGCAGAGAAAUUUCGGGAUUUUUUUAAUCAAAAUGAAACCAGUGAUCCAACCAGGGAUACGUGUGUGAUCCUUACAGUGGAAGGGCGAACAUUUCCGGUGGAUAUCUUUUAUCUACAAAGUCCUGUUCCAGAUUAUAUCAAAUCAACUGUGGAAACUGUGGUAAAAAUUCACCAGACAGAGGGAGAUGGAGACAUACUAGCCUUUCUUACUGGCCAGGAAGAGGUGGAAACUGUCGUGUCAAUGCUGAUCGAGCAGGCCCGGGCCCUCGCUCGCACUGGGAUGAAGAAGCACCUCCGGGUUCUCCCCAUGUAUGCAGGUCUGCCUUCCUUUGAGCAAAUGAAAGUGUUUGAAAGGGUCUCACGCAGCGUCAGAAAGGUGAUAGUGGCCACCAAUGUGGCAGAAACCUCCAUUACAAUCGGUGGCAUUGUGUAUGUGAUCGACUGUGGCUUUGUGAAACUGCGGGCCUACAAUCCCAGGACGGCUAUAGAAUGCUUGGUGGUGGUUCCUGUGUCCCAGGCGUCCGCCAACCAGCGCGCAGGACGCGGUGGGCGCAACCGCUCUGGAAAGUGUUACCGCCUCUAUACAGAGGAAGCCUUCGACAAGUUGCCUCAAUCUACUGUUCCUGAGAUGCAGCGGAGCAAUUUGGCCCCUGUCAUCCUGCAGCUGAAAGCGCUAGGGAUUGACAACGUCCUCAGGUUUCAUUUCAUGUCGCCCCCUCCAGCACAGUCGAUGGUUCAAGCUUUGGAGUUACUCUAUGCUCUGGGAGGUCUAGACAAAGACUGUCGCCUAACUGAACCACUUGGCCUGAGAAUAGCAGAGUUUCCUUUGAAUCCCAUGUUCGCCAAAAUGCUGCUUGAGUCAGGAAAUUUUGGCUGUUCUCAGGAAAUUCUAAGCAUUGCAGCCAUGAUGCAGAUCCAGAAUGUCUUUGUGAUCCCCUCAAACCAGAAGUCUCAGGCAAUGCGGGUGCACCGAAAAUUUGCUGUGGAAGAGGGCGAUCACCUCACCAUGCUCAAUGUGUAUGAAGCGUUUAUCAAACACAAUAAGAGCUCCCAGUGGUGCCAGGAACAUUUCCUGAAUUACAAGGGUCUUGUCAGAGCUGCGACCGUGAGAGAACAGUUGAAAAAGCUUCUUGUCAAGUUUCAGGUGCCCAAGAAGUCUAGCGAAGGUGAUCCUGAUCCCGUCCUGAGGUGCAUUGUUUCUGGAUUCUUUGCAAAUGCAGCAAGGUUUCAUUCUACCGGAGCUUAUAGGACUAUCCGGGAUGAUCACGAGCUGCACAUCCACCCUGCGUCCGUCCUCUAUGCAGAGAAGCCGCCUCGAUGGGUCAUCUACAAUGAAGUUAUACAGACCUCCAAGUACUACAUGAGAGAUGUGACUGCCAUAGAAUCUGCAUGGCUGUUGGAGCUGGCUCCACACUUUUAUCAGCAAGGAACGCACCUGUCCCUGAAAGCCAAAAGGGCCAAGGUCCAGGACUUGUGAGCUGAGCUCAGUUGCAGUAGCAGUGACUGCUUGGUGGCCUCUUUUCCUUGCUGUCACUGGCCUCUUUCUUCCCACCCCUGCCAGCAUUUGCCUCUUUGCUGAGAUCCAGAGAAGUCCGUGCAUGGGCAGACGUACCACGCACCGCACUAGGCGGAAUGGGAGUGGGCCAGGCGGCUCUUGGGCUGGUCAGCACGCUCACUGGCCCAGCAGGCUACUGGCAGCAGGCGCACAGUCCUGGCCCAGCUCUUGGAGAAGGAGGAAGAAAGCCAACUGCUGAAGGCUGCAGUGUCACGUGGGGUGGACAGAGGCUCUGCUGGGCCACCUUUGCUUCCCUGCUGUGGCCAUGGCUGAGUUGACCAGUGAGGACCUCUGCUGGAUGUGCACAAGCGUGUGUGGUGAAGGCAGGGGACCUUGGAAAUGCUGGGGAUUUCUGCCAGGAUGGCCAAGGGUCAGGUCUGCCAGGGGUCCAAACUGAGCAGCUUGUGUCUAUCUUAUGCCUGUGUCCCUGCUUAACUGUGGCCAGGAGACUGACAAGGGAUUGGUGUCUACAGGAGGACUCCCGUGCACCAUCCCCGGUAGCCGUGGAUUUCUGUCUUUCACAGUGGGCCGAGCUUUCUCUCAGAGCUCAGUGCCACGUCCUGGUGCCAGAGCUGAGCACUGGCGAAAGCCCACCAGCUCUGACCCUCAGGGCUCCUCUGUAGCAGGAAUUCACUAAGUUUAGCUGCUCUAAACUUCUGUAGCUCAGGAACGUAACUCUCGUCUCUGUCUCUGUUUGUCCACGUGUGUUCUCGGGAGAACACGGUGGCUCUUCCAGCAGGCACUGGUUUCCUUGUUGCCCCUGUGGCUGCUGAGUUGAUGACUGCUCCUCAACAUGACGAUGCCGUGUCCCCUUACUGUUUCAGUGACAAUUAUUUUAAAAACACGUAGCUUGAAAAUUUAUUUUUAUACUGGUUUUAGUUUGGAUGUGCCACUUUUGGCAUCAAACCUGUGUGGCAUUUUUAUUUCCAUUUUAUAAACAUGUAAAUAGUAGUGAUGACUUGUUAAUAAUGGUAAACCUUUAUACCUAAAAUACACAGAUUCCCUCCCAUCUUA